UGAGCAUCGAGCCAUAAGGCCCUUCACACGAAAAACACAACAGCGAAGGUCCAGUGUGUCCAAUCAAUCAAUCAACAGCCAUUCUACUCACACCGGUGCGUCUCAGAGUGCCUCCCGGUGUGUUCGUGCCGGAGUGGCGAAGGCGCCUCAGCAGCAAACCGUCCCGUUGCUGCAAGGGACCCUGUCUACUUCGAUCCGAACAAAACACCGGAAGACAGGUGUCAGACGCAACCACACACACACCGUCAGUCACGCAUUGGCCUGCGCGAGGCAUCUUGCCGCCUGCAUCUUGGCUGCAGCCAAGUCGGGGAAGUCGCUGACGAGGAAACGGAGGGCGGCGAUGACAUCGCCGUGGUGCUGCCUGAGCACCCGCUCCGACACCUCCUUGUCGACCUCCAUCUCGCGACAGAUGAGCUCAACGUCCUCCCGCCGCAGCUUCACCUUGGCCAGCUCACGCUCCCUACAUGGUGACACACACGCAUCAAGCAGCACAGAGGGAUGUAUUCCGUGGUGGUCUGCCGUGCCGGUUCCUCUCUCUCUCUCGUUGGUAGACUGACUGACUCACCUGGCCUUCUUUUUGAGUUCCUCGUCGGUUUCGAGUUUCUGGAGGUUUGUGAGGAACUGCUGCGCCUCCUGGCUGUCGAUGGGUCUCGCCCCGGUCUCGUCCUCCUCCCUCUCGACGGACGUCAGGGCGUCCAGCUGCUUGGCCUCCUUGGCGCGCUCGCCGUGCAGCUCCUCGGCGGGCUGGCCAUCCUCCUCCUCCUCGCCCUCCUCACGCUGCAGAUCUAUCUCCUCUGCGUCCAUUAUUG